AUGAGGACGGCGCAUCUUCUUGGGCCGAAGUUGUCACGGCUUGGAUGCUGCUUGUGCGGGGGCGCCACUGUUGCGGCGCCCUCUCAGGGCCAACGCACCCCGUGGCAGACGCCAGCGCGGUCCAUUGUGAGCGGCGGGGGAACGAAAAGAACAGGGAGGCCCGCAGCGUCUUCCGUGAAGCGCAUGCCCCCACCGCCGCCACCUCGGCAGCAGCAGCAGCAGACACCCACAGCCUCAUCGUUAGAAGUGCACCCUGAGCCGCUCUUGGCGUCGCGGCGGCCGCUGCUCGACGUGGACGAAAUCAUCGUUGCGUUGACGGACGUCCUUGUUGCCUACCAGAAGCACCUCCGAGCCUGCAAUGCGGUGGCACCAACGGCGCCAAGCCAUAGUAAUACAGGGGGAGGAAGCGGCCCCCAGGUGCCGUUCUAUCCUCCUGUUCCACUGGAGUACCUUGAGGAGCACUUCCAGUCGCUGCUGCUGCGCCUACUCCCGGCUGGUGUCACACGCGGCGACGGCGGGGAUUCCAAAGUAGUGCGGUUUUCAGAGAACAGUACUGCUGCGGAGGAAAAUAGGCGGCAGAUCGCAAGUCGAAUUCAGAGCUCCGGCGUCUUUGUAUUCACGUCCCUGCAGCGUGGAAGCGUUCAACGCGAAGGGGCAUGUGACGCCGGCGGCGGGACAUUUUUUCUGCGCCUCCGGCCCGGCGUCCGGGAGUUGGCCGUCGAUAUAGCUGCGUUCCUGUUCUCCUUGGAACCACAAGACGUCGCAGUGAGAAGGGCAGUGCCGAUGGCGGCCAUCCGGCGUGUGUCGCUGAGCCCAACCGCGGUUUCUUUUAUACGUCACGAGCUCGCCAACGACGUCAGGCGACUGCUGCUGGUCUACACACACGACGUCUUUGCCAUAACGAAGAAUGGUACAAUGGUGCAACUGCUUCCCUCUUCCGUAGGAGGUGGGAGAGGUUUUUCACCCGUAACUUCGUCGACCGCAAAUUCGGCAACGCAGAAGCCGCUGCAAGGCUUCGUAGCAUCAGCCGCAUGUGUCAAUGAAGCUAUCGCAAGGACCACGAGCACAGAGGCGACUGCGAAGACGGCGCCUGAUUAUGUGCCUGCUAGUUUUGCAUCUGUGGGGGAAGACACUGUUGUACACAUGGGGAGGCGGUUUAUUGCGCCGGCCGCGGUGGAGCGCUACCGGCUCUCGCGGUGUCUAGUUCCUUUUCUGGAAUUCAUUCCAGUGACCGCCUCCGUCGGCGACGGAAGUCGUGGGGGAACUUGCUCCUCCUCGGUGGCGGCAGGAACUGAGGAUGGAUUCGUCGACUUUGCCGCCAUACGUGAUCGGGCGUUGGCAAAGUGCCCGAACCUCGCCCCUCUACUGACUUUGGAUUAUAGCGAUAUGCCGAAGCUUCGCGAUGGCCUUCUACUCUCGGCUCUCAGUGCAUUGGGCGUGGAGUGUCGCUGGGGACGUCUACUUCCGCCGCAACACCAGCACCAAAGACGGCAUCUGCAGCGCCCCGCCACCAACAUCGGUUCCGCGUCUGAAAUGGGCCUCUUAUUUCUUCGCCGUCGGGUUAACCCGCAACCCACAACCGCGGCGUCAACGCCUCUCCCGCGCGCAGAGGAAAAAGUGCAUGUACGUCUCUUGCUUUCAGACCUGCAGGCGGAGCUCGAAGAGCCCCGCAUGCCACGGCGCAGGGCGAAUUGGCGGAAGUGGCCGUCCCACAGUUACUCCGUGGCAGACGACCUUACUGUGGGAGCGGCCGCAAACGGGGAGGAAACGCAAGAAGAGGAUGUGUGGAGCUACGCAUUCUGCAGGCUCCACGCUGCCGUCUAUGAGGAGUUGGUGACAACGCCAGCAAUUGUGACGCCGCCCGACCCAAACCUGGCGCUUGCACUGCAAAGCCUGAGUUACCCUGUUGGUGCAUCCGCCAAUAGUGCAUUUGUGCAGCAUCUUUUGCGCCAAUUUAGCCCGCGGCAAUAUGAACAGCUGCACGAUAUCCUGCUUGGGGGUCUGCAGGGUCGUGUUUCGCCUCUUUUUAAACACGAAACAGAGGAGAGUGUUGCGUGCUUGUUCUUUCCAUAUGGACAAUGCGAUGCAGGCCACGGGACGGGUGGUUGGGAUGGCAACAGUAAAAGGGGUGCCGAGAGUGGCAAUGAGGCAAAGCCGGAGCCAAUCGUGUUUAACAAGUAUGUGGAUGGUUUCUACGACUUAACGACACCUACACAGUUGCCGUGCAUCCGCCCCCGCACACUAUCGGAGGAACCACCGCUCGUCUACCGGAAGCUUCUCCCCGCAAAGGUGGUGCUUGAAAUUUUGUGCUGCCUACAUCGUGAGCAGCUGCGUUGGGCCGAGGAGAUUGGACUCGAGGUUGACGAUGAUGACGAUGAUGAUCGCCUUGCCGACAACGGUGAUAAAGACUGCUUUCUCUCCUUCACGGCGCUCCGCAGCAGACUCCAACCCGCGAGCCGGUCGUACGUUCGUGACAACAUUGGUGACCUGGCGAUGAUCCCGCUUCUUUUGUCAUGCUUUCCGCGGUACUUUCGUGUGCCCGCAAUCGGCACUGCAUUAUCAUGGUCUGUCAUCGGCCUCACGCGUGAGGGGCGGUGCUUAGCUCAAUUGCUGGAGGCCUCUCUAGCACCGUCGGCAAACAACGGAACACCCUUGUUGUAUCGGAGCCAACGGACUGGGUGUUUCUUUACGGACGACGCGCGUCAACAGCUGGACGCCUUCCUGCUGUGGCGCUGA